AUGGCUGGUGAGGGUAGUGUCGACUGGAGAAAGCUUUUCGCGGCUGGGAUUGAUCAAGAGUUAGAUUUCUUUCCUCCUUCGGUGGUUGAGGGUUCUUGUAUGGUUAAGCCGCCUCGUGUUGUGUUUGAGGAAGGUAUUUUGGAAUGGAGGGACUGGGUUUUAUAUAACGGUCCAUGGAAUGUUCAACAUAAGUUGGUUUUCCUUUGGAGAUGGGAACCCAAUCUGAAAGAACUGCAUUUUGAUUUGACCUAUAUGCAUGUUUGGAUUCAACUAUAUAAUGUGCCUUUGGAAUUAUUUUCGAAGAAAAGGCUCAGCUAUAUCGCGAGUGCGAUCGAUAGACCUCUUUAUAUGGAUUCGAUAACUGCCAGUCGGGAGCGUCUUGAGUACGCUCGUGUCUGUAUAGAGAUUUCUGCUAGAACUCAGAUCCCUGAUUUUAUUGAUAUGGUUCUUUACGAUGAGUCAUUGGCUAGAAUCGGGGUUUUUGUACCUUGGUUACCCAGUUCUUGUAUAGAUUGUGACCGAUUUGGGCACGCUGUGAAGUUUUGUCCCCAAGGUAAGAAAGUAGAUCGGGUCUGGAGAGCCAAAACUUCUGUGCCAACAGCUAAGGUGAAUGUGGAUUGCCAAUCGGGUAUUGCUGGAAGUAACCCGGUUGUUCACACGGUGGCUAGUGUGGUUAGUUCUGGGACCUCUUUGAAGCCAGUUGGGCCUACUAAUAGUGAUAGCCAGGCUAUUAUUGCUGGUAACAACUCGGUUGUUCAUACUGCUAGUUCUGAGAAUUCUGGUAUUGUCUUAAAGUCAGCUGUGCCUACUGAUAGUGCAGAUAAUCUAGUUGUUGCUGCUGAUAGUAAUUUGUCUAAUGUAAUUGGCACAAACUCGGUUACUGUCACGGUGGCUAAUGGAGUUCAUUCCAAGAGUUCGGAUGUGGCUAUUGUUGGGAGUGAUGAUGUAGCUGAUUUGGGUUCUAAACUAUCUAAAGGUGAGCAUGUUCAUAUUCCUCCUAUAAAGAGGGGCAGAGAUAGGCCAGCUAAGGAUGGAAAAUUCGUAGGGGGUGGUUCUAAGAAUAAAUUUGAUGUUCUUAAUUCCAUAGACCCUGAAAAUUUGAUGAAUGUGCCUUCUGGUAACUUUGGCAAGAAGCAUAAGGGUACUGCUUUGGGUGUAUCAGCAAUCAUCCAAGAGUUGAAGUCAAAGAAGAAAGAACAUGCUGAUAAGGUAAAACAUACUGAGGAUAGAGUGUUGAAAUGGGCUGUUAAGUGCCAAAUUAACAUAUUAUGCCUUCUUGAAACUAGAGUAAAGGAAAGUAACUCUGGAGGUAUUCUUUCUAAGAAGUUUGUUGAUUGGGGAUUCUUCUGCAAUUAUAGUUAUUCUGAUAAUGGCCGAAUUUGGGUGCUCUGUUUUUCCCGUAGACAGCUCUGGAAUCAGCUAAGCACUACGGCUAGUGUAGUGGGAAGUGAUGCUUGGUUGAUCGGUGAUGACUUCAAUGUCAUCUUAAACAUGGAGGAAAGCUCGAAUGCAGUAAACUCUGCUACUGUUUCUGAUAUUUCUGAUUUCCAGAGAUGUGUUGAGGAAUUGGGAAUCUUUGACCACCAGUAUACUGACCCUUUAUUCACCUGGUCAAACAAACAACAGGAUACUUACCUGGCUCGUAAGUUAGACCGUGUGCUUAUUAAUCCUAGUUGGUUUGUGGCUUUUCCUUCUUCGAUGGUGAAAUUUCAUGCCCCUGGCGACUCAGAUCACUGCCCAGCUCUAGUCUGGUUUCAGAAGGAUGCUCCCAUUGAUAAGCCAAAGCCAUUCAAAUUAAAACGCUCCCUUAAGGAACUCAACAUGUCUCAUUUUCGCGUUAUUUCUGGGCAAGUUCAAAGGAAGAGAGAUGAGCUUCAAAAUAUUCAACUUUCAAACUUAUGUGCUGCUCCUGCUGGAAGUUUUAUUAAAGACGAAUUGGAGGCAGGAAGGGAGUUUCAUUCCCUUGAACAGGUGGAGCUACUAUUCAAUAAACAGAAGACUAAAGUUGUUUGGAUCAGAGAUGGUGACCAAGGCACCCAUUUCUUUCACUCAGUAGUGGCUAACAAAAGAACUUGCACUACCAUUCAUGCUCUGUAUAACCAGGAUGGGGUUAAAUUGGACUCAUUCGAAGGCAUGUCAAAUGAAAGCUACAAUAUUAACGUCAUUAGGAGCCUUCUUGAUUAUACAUUACCAAGGGAUUCUGCCGAUAUAUUGAUCAAAGAUGUGUCCGAUGCUGAGAUUAAAGGGGGCAAGGUUGGGAAUGACUUAUUGGCAGCUAUCAGGUACUGCUUCGAUAACUCCUUUAUGCUCCCAUCUUUUAAUGCUACUGCUGUGGUUUUAGUCCCUAAAGUCCCCAACCCGAAUAAGGGGAGAAGUAUUAUAGAUAAUACGCUUUUAGCUCAAGAGCUUGUUAGGGGCUAUUUUAGAAAAAAUAUCUCGCCUAGAUGUGCUCUUAAGAUCGACUUGCAAAAGGCUUUUGACUCUUUAGACUGGGAGUUUGUGGGGACUAUCUUGCAUGCUUUGGGCUUGCCAGAGAAAUUCAUUGGUUGGAUUUGGAACUUUAUCACGAAUCCUAGCUACUCCAUUGUUCUUAAUGGCUGCCUUGUUGGAUACUUUAAGGGUGCUCGGGGUGUUCGGCAGGGGGACCCCCUUUCACCAUACAUCUUUGUACUGGCAAUGAAUGUCUUAUCCAAACUUCUGAAUUUGGCCGCUGCUAAGGGUGUCUUUAACUACCAUCCUAAGUGCAAAAAAAUUGGGCUUACCCACCUUUGCUUUGCGGACGAUUUACUUGUCUUUUACAAAGGAUCCAUGGACUCUAUUAUUGGGGUACAAGCUGUCCUGGACGUUUUUUACACUAUGUCGGGCCUGAGGCUUAAUGCUAGUAAGUGUGAACUAUUUCCUGUUGGAAUUUCUGCCCAGCAAUGUGUUUCCAUCAGGAAUAUUACUGGCUUUAAAUUGGGUAGUCUCCCGGUGAGAUACUUGGGUGUGCCACUGGUGUCAAGAAAAUUAACUGUGAAGGACUGUCGAAGUCUCAUUGAUAAGAUCAAAGCUAAACUGAAUCUUUGGGCCAACAAACACCUCAGCUUUGCUGGUAGAUUGCAACUGAUCUGUGCUGGGUCUGACUCGUAUGCGAGGGGUGCCCGUGUUUAUUGGAGGAAAGUCUGUUUGUUGAAGUCCGAGGGGGGCUUGGGUGUGCAAGACAUAGGCGGUUGGAACAAGGCAUGUAUUGUGCUACUAGUCAGGAAAUUGUUGGCAAAUGAAGGUUCUCUUUGGGUGGCUUGGCUGCGUGCUUAUGUGAUUAGAGACAGUGAUUUCUGGCAGUUGGAUAUCCCCAAUAAUGUUAGCUGGAGCUUCAAACGCCUCUUGAAAGCUAGGCCAUCUAUUAUUCAUCUUCUGGCUGAUCCAACUCUUGACCUUAGUGCGAGACGUAUCUGGGAUAACAUGCGUAUUAAGGAAGCAAAUGUUCGUUGGCAGCAUCUUGUAUGUAAUUGGGAUGGUGAACUCGCUUGGGCGAUCCAUUUUCUUAAGGGAAAACCGCUCAUUGUGAAAGUUCUUAAGCUCGCUUGGACCAGUAACAUUUACUAUACAUGGAAGGAAAGAAACAACAGAUUAUUUGGGAGCAGCUUUAGGUCAGUGGAAGCGGUUUUGCAGGAUAUUAAGGAGAGAGUUCGCAUCCAGUUGGCUGGCAAGCCUAUUAACAGAGCCGAUUCAAGGAACGCUACUCUUUGUGCAAGCUGGGGCAUCUCUUAG